CACACGAGAUUAUAAAUAUCUGUGAAGAUAAAACCGGGACGAUCACGUGUGAUGGACUGAUAACAGUGACCAGUGCACGUUACGGACGGUUUGACAAAGUAACGUGUCCACAUGUAGCUAUGACCUCAACUGGAUGUAAAGCAGAUAGGGUGUUUGCAAGCAUCACCUCACAGUGUGACGGGGAGACGACGUGUACCCUGACUCCCACCAACACUGAGUAUGGCGAUCCUUGUCCGGGGUCGUAUAAAUACUUGGAGGUUAACUACACUUGUCAAUCACCAGAAUCAACAACCAUGUCAUCCACAUCUCUUACGACGACAACGACGAAGUCGCCGACGACGACCUUCCCAACCACUGGCCCUUCCUCAACAUCUGCAACCACAACUGACACCACUUCCACCAUUACGACCACAACUGCUCCCACUGUUACUACCAUUACCACCACCGCUAUCACCACUACGAGCUACAACUCUACUUAUACCACUACUGCAACACUCGACACCACAACUAAACAAUUCACAACUUCAGCUACGACAUUCUACCCAUUAUCAACUAAUACAUCAACAACUGCUGUUCCAAAGAUAAAAGACAUAUGCACUUGCAUUUGUCGGCUUGUUAAUGACACUAAAUGUGACAAUGAAGAUAUGUUGUGCAAGCUUGCCAUUUUAAAGAAAGAAUUGCUUAUCACCAAGAGCACACUGUCGUCAUAUAAACGGAAAAAAAUCAGCGUUUAUGAUGGACGCACAUCAGCAACAGCCAUAGGGAUGACAGAUGUGAGUUUUACAACACCUCAGCAAUCCACAUCAUAUGAUCAAUAUUCUUAUACCCUGUUAAGUAACUAUGGGUACACGAUGGGAACGAACACCUGGAUAGUGUUAAAGAUUCGGUCCUGUGAGGAUGGUUACGUUGGACUCAUGAGAAAAAAUCAUCCUAAAAACCAUGGAGAUAUAUAUGAGGUUGUGAUCGGAGGAUGGGGAAAUACAAAGACAUGUAUAAGGGAGGUGCGUCAGGGACAGUGUAAUGCUGAAAAAACAAAAGUUGUUCUGAACUGUAAUGUGUACCAAACGUUCAAUAUUUCAUGGACUGGGGGAACUGUAGCCGUCUUCACAGAUGAUAAUGGAAUUUGGACAAAACUUCUUCAAUGGAUCGAUACAUCACCGUUUACAGUUAAGUUUGUUGGUGUUACGACCUCAAUAUGGGCAACUGGCUAUUGGAAAAUACCACAACAAGGUGAGUGA